AUGUCUUCCAAAACGCCCCUCGACGUCGUCUUCGGCUGUAUGACCUUUGGCCGCGAAGGCGAAGAACAAGUCCGUACUUCAAGUCUAGAUGACUGCGCGGCUAUCCUAGAUACUUUCCAGUCCUACGGCCAUAGCGAAGUCGAUACCAGUCGUUUCUAUGGAGAUGGUUCAUCAGAAGAGUACCUCCAGAAGCUAGACUGGCAGAAAAGAGGCCUGACAAUGGACACAAAGUUCUUCCCUAAUGUUCCUGGUCUUUUUGGCCGUCCUCAAACACACUCCAGAUUAGAGGAUAUGCGCAAGAGCUUAGACGAGAGUCUGACUGCUCUUGGAGGAAAGCAGGUAGAUCUGUGGUAUCUCCAUGCACCUGAUCGUACAGUACCACUUGAGGAGACGGCCAAAGCCGUCAAUGAUCUGCUCAAAGAGGGGAAAUUCAGGAGAUGGGGCGUGAGUAACUUCAUGUCUUGGGAAGUGGCUGCACUCUGUGAAAUUUGCAAAGCAAACGGAUACCAAUUGCCCAGUGUAUACCAAGGCGUGUACAAUGCCCUCCAUCGCAGUAUUGAACACGAACUUCUCCCUUGUUUGCGAAAAUACAACAUGUCCUUCUACGCGUUCAAUCCGCUAGCAGGCGGAUGGUUAACCUCGCGUUACAAGCGCGAUACGCAGGAUAGCACAAUCGAGUCUGGCAGUCGCUUCGAUCCAAACCGUAUGCAAGGAAAGAUGUACCGCGCGCGAUAUUGGAAUGACGAGUUCUUCACAGCCAUCGAGGGGUUGCGUACCGAGCUACCUAAUGGCCAAACAGAGAGCGAGACCGCGCUGAGGUGGAUGAUGCAUCAUAGCCAACUUAAGAAGGACUAUGGGGACAAGGUCAUCAUUGGAGCUAGCAGUAAGAAGCAACUGGAGAUGAAUCUCGUUGACUUUGAGAAGGGUCCAUUGGAUGAGAGCGUUGUGAAAGCAUUGGAUCAAGGUUGGGCUGGUACUCGUGGGGUGAUUUGGAAGUACUUUCAUUAG